UCUCAAACUAGCACUUAGAAAAAGGAAAGAAAAACCAAAGCAAAAGCAUCAACCAUUUGACUUCUAAUCCCCCACUUUUCUCUCCCAACAUAUACUCCCAAUUCUCUGUAAGUAUUUCUGGGUCUGUCAUGGCCCUUGAUUUGAUGAACACUAUCUACAGAGACAACAAGUUCCGGUCCAAAAUGGAAGAGAACGCGGUCCAAGAAGCGGCCGCCGCCGGUUUGCAAAGCGUUGAGAAUUUGAUCAAGGCGAUAUCUCAGGCUAAUAAUCAGAACCCAUAUCUAUCUUCUUCGUCUUCAUCUGAAACCGGAGAUACAGAUUAUAGGGCUGUUACAGAUGUGGCUGUUAAUAAGUUCAAGAAGUUUAUUUCUUUGUUGGACCGGAACCGGACCGGUCAUGCUCGGUUCAGAAGAGGACCGGUUGUUGAAAAAACCGGGGCGGAGGUGCAGAAUCAGAAUCAGAAUCAUGGGUCGGAUGGGUUUCAAGUUUAUCGGCCUACUGCGGUUCAUCCGGUUCAGACUGUGCAACCGGUUCAGACGGUGCAACCGGUUCAGUUGGUUCAGCCGGUUCAGCGUCUACCUCCGGUUCCCAAGAAGGAGAAUGUUAGUACUACGAUUAAUUUUGCGGCUCCAGCUGUGGCUGCUGCUGCGCCGGCGACUUCGUUUAUGUCAUCGUUGACCGGAGAUACAGAUGGGUCGGGUUUUCAGAUUACGAAUAUGUCCGGUUUUUCUUCUGGAAGCCGGCCGGUUUCUUCGUUGAAGAGGAAGUGUAGUUCGAUGAAUGAUGUCACUGCUAAGUGUUCAGGCUCUUCUAGUGGUCGAUGCCAUUGUCCUAAGAAAAAGAAGUUGAGAGUGAAGAAAGUGGUGAGAAUGCCAGCUAUAAGUAUGAAGACAUCUGAUAUACCACCAGAUGAUUUUUCUUGGAGAAAAUAUGGUCAAAAGCCUAUCAAAGGCUCUCCACACCCAAGAGGGUACUACAAGUGCAGUAGUGUAAGGGGGUGCCCAGCAAGAAAGCACGUAGAGAGGGCAGUGGAUGAUCCGACAAUGCUGAUAGUAACAUACGAAGGGGAGCAUAACCAUUCCCAGUCUCCGAAUGAAAACACAAACACUUCUCAUAUCCUUGAAUCCGAUGGCCCCAAACAAUUGUGACGAGGGUCUAUAUAUAGCUUAUCAUGUUUCAAGAAUGUUGGAUAAUGGUAAUGGAUGUGCUUGGGUUCCAGUUGUGUUUUAAUUGAAUGAUUAUGCAACUGCUUUAUUUGGUGUUGUAGUCACAACUUGGAGAAUGCCAUUUAAUUUGAACCUAGGUUGUUCCUGUUGUUUGCUUAA